UCUAGGUCGAUGUUUCGGAGAGAGAGAGUUAAGCUACGAUCGUCGAUUCUGUUGCACUAGUUGAGCUACGAAGCCCGACUUAGUACUAUCCUCUCGAGCAGUAAACCCUCUGCAGCAUCCGAUAUUUGACCAUGGCGCGCCCGAUUGCUUCCAAGCUCGCCCGCAUCGCCUGCCGCGGCGUCCAGACUACCAAGGUUGCGCGGACCGUCCUUCCAGCCAUCUCAGCUGUGCCAGCGCUUCUGCAUGCUGCGCCUCGGCUGUCUCUCCCCCUCCCAGGUCGUCGUCUUGUCUCAAGUAGCGCCAGCCGCAGCGGCAUCACUCCGGAUGACAAGGCACCAAAGAACCCAGAGACCCCACCCGUCACCAGGACCCCAGCCGACAUCACCGACGCCGAGUACCACACCAUUGCCGAUGACUACAUGGAGAAGCUUCUCAACCAUCUGGAGGCGCUGCAGGACACGCGCGAGGAUGUGGACGUUGAGUACUCUUCCGGCGUCCUGACCCUCUCCCUCGGCCCGCAUAUCGGCACGUACGUCAUCAACAAGCAGCCGCCCAACAAGCAGAUCUGGCUGUCGUCGCCCAAGACGGGCCCCAAGCGCUACGACUACGUCGUCUUCGGCGAGGGCCAGCACGAGAAGCAGGACACGGCCACGGGCGACUGGGUGUACCUUAGGGACGGAUCCACCCUGAACGACCUGCUCAUGGACGAGCUGGGCAUUGACCUGCGCGUAACCGACACCGAGCUCGGGAGCUAGCAGCCUCCGACGGCGGUUAUGGGGAAGGUCCAAGGAUAGGCGCAGAUUGGUUGGUUUUGGGCUUUUUCGACAGGCGGGACUGUAUUGUAUUAUUGGGUUAUGGUGUUUCAGGGGGUUGGUCAAGCCGGUGGGUUCGAACCUUGAUUUCAUCGCUGGAAGAGUACAGGUCAUUGGGCUUGAAGGGAGACUUGUGUCUGCUGUGCAAUAAGUGUGUAGAAAACUGUGGGCUAGCCUGUGAACGCAGAAAAUGGACAUUGCACACUACUGGUA